AUGGUGCUGCGUCCGCUGCUGGGCCCGGCAGUGCUCCGGCCGGCAUCCCAGCAUGCCGUGCGGCGGUUUCCCGGGACGCCAAUGCGCGCAGCUCUCUUCUCGACAUCUAGACUGCAGCUGCAGCGAGUCGCGGCGCUCGUCGUGGGUGCCGGGCCUGCCGGCGUUGCUACGGUCGGCUCGCUGCUCGACCACCUGCCAUCGUCGCCGACUGUGACAUGGGUCGAUCCCGAUUUCGCGGGCGGCCGAAUUAGUCGGCGGUACCGCGAGGUGCCCGGAAACACGCGGACCAAGCUCUUUGUCGACUAUGCACGUUCAAGCCAUGCCCUGGACCACGUCAUCAAGACUUCACCCACUCCGAACCCCGUCACCAUCCUGGAAAGUCUCCCACCCAACGACACAUGCUCACUCGGCUAUGCGGGAGACAUGGUUAGCAUGCUCAUCGGCGGCCUCGCUGCCAACCCUGCCAUCGACUGUCGCCAGGGUCGUGUCACGACCGCCCAGUGGGACGCGGGCUCGCAAGAGUGGUCAGUCACAAUCGACGAUCCAGCGUCAAACAGCUCCGUUACAAGGCAAACUCCCCUGCUCGUCUAUUGCACAGGGGCUUCGCCGACGCUUGUGCAGCUACCAGCGGCCGACUCAGCGACAUUCCUCCCUUCUCCAACCAGUCGGCCAAAGCUCCUAGAGCUCGAUACAGCCCUCAAGCCGUCCCUACUUGCCACGUCGCUUUUCCCUGCAUCCUCCACGGCCUCGAGCAGUGCGCCGCAAAUCACAGUCGGUGUCAUCGGUGCCUCGCAUUCGGCUAUUCUUGUUCUCAUGAACCUGUACAACCUUGCCGCCCACUCGCCAGCUCACGCAAACCUGCGCGUGCGCUGGUUCUCGCGCGUCCCCGCCGACAAAAGCCUCAAGUAUGCCGUCUACAAGGACGCCGGCUGGAUCCUGUACGACAACACGGGGCUCAAGGGUCGUGCCGCAGAUUUCGCCCGGGAGAAUCUGGAUAACCAAGAAGUUCUGGCUCGGAGCCCCGUGGGCAAGAUCGUCGAAAGAAUAGACUGCUCCGGAGGAAGGGACAAUGAAGCUGCGGCGUUCCGAAAAUACCUCGUCGGCUCAACAACGGGGACACACGGCGGCUGCGACUAUGUUGUACAAGCCGUGGGCUUCACCACCGAUCCGCUACCUUCAAUGCUCCAAGCCAACAGCACGAGCGACAAGAACAUUAUCAGCCCAUUGUUUGACCACGAAACGGGCGCAUUCCACAACAAAAAUACUGGCGAAGUCCUCCCGGGCCUUCAUGGUGCCGGCAUUGCCUUCCCCGAGCGCGUUGUUGACCCAGAAGGAAAUGUCGAGCAUGCUGUCGGCUUUUACAAGUUUGUCAAGUUCCUUAAAAGGGCUGUGCCGCAAUGGGUCAGCGCGGUAUAUCCGAAUGCUGCAUGCCAGGAAAACACAAUCCCCGGCGCACGAGUCGAAAGGGCAGCGGCGAACGCUUGA